AUGCUUACCAGGUUCAAGCGGCUCUUCCGCUUCAGCGCGAAUGAAGAUGACGCCAAAAAGAACGUUCCCAUACCACCAGACGCUGAACGCGACACACGCGCCUUCCAUGAAUCCAUUUUCAAGGCUGGUUACCUUCCGCCUGGGGUGCCUCAUCCGAAGGAGGAGAAGCGUCGGAUUGACGGGUUAGGGCGAGCCAGCGAAGAAAUUCUUACCAACGUGUUUGUCCCAAUCCUGGCCGCUCCAGGGGUUGGCGUACGGUCGUUUGUUAAUCGGUCUCGAUACGGCCAUAUGGAUUGCGACUCUUCGGUUGCAUUGUUUGGUCGUGGCCCCCCGCAAUAUCUUUGCGACGGGAAUGUUUAUUCCAUCGGGUUGGCCAAGCUGCCACUGCCUCACUUGCUCAAGAGCGGUUUCGCGGUCGACUCCGCGCGAAUGGCCUUGAUUCUUGCCUUUUCAGUCGAUGACGCGGCCUCUGUCGAAGAGGCCAAAGACCUAUACAGGCGGCUUACUCAGUCUUUUAAACUGAAGUCUCCUGGGGGUUCGCCUCUCCCUUUCCCCGCAAUGCUGCUCGGGUUGAAAUCUGAUCUUCAACCGACAUACUCGCUUGGGGGGUAUUCGAGCGACCAAAUUUUUGUGCAACAGCCACCGACAGAUGUGCCCCCCGAGACUCAAGCAGCCCCCCAAGAAGCCUACAAUCAACCAAUGGGUACAGAUCAAGGACCACGAGCUUCAGCAAAAGAAUUUGCACGGCAAAACGGACUUAUUUAUGACGAAUGCUCGGCCAAGACUGGAGACAAAAUGUCCCUGGCGAUUUGUGCGCUGGUGGAGAAAGUUGAUGCGGCAGCCAAGUCGGACCAGAACCCUGAGGAUACAUUGGAAGCCAUGCGCAAUGUAUGGAUCCCAACCGUUGCGAAGAUCAUGGAGCAUCGGGAGGCCACGGACCUGGCGGUGCCAGAUCGCGCACUAUUGAUACCACAGAACUGGCAGGGGGCUCAUAAGCAUUUCAUUAAUUGUUAUUCAUAUACGUCUCAGCAUAAGGGGAGCUUGGGCCAAAUUUCCAUGGGCAAAGACCCUCCCGCGGCUAUUCAAAUUGAAAGCGGGCUGAAAUCGAGGAAGCGGCGACCGCAUUCACAGUCAGUUUGUCUUGUCGACAUCUCCCGUGGCCAGCAAGCGACCCGGACGACAAACGCCAGAUCCGACAGCCCAAUACGCCGGGCUCUGGCUUUGAAAGAGCCCAAAGAACCGCCCAAGUCACCGCUUCUUAUGACCAUCACGACUGUUACGACAAUUGAAACGACUAUUUUCGAUUCUUUCGGUGCCAAACUGAUCCGAUCACCGACGACGACAACCACCAAAAUGGCGGAACCACCGUCCUCGCCGCCUUCGGCCGAUGCCACCGCUGAGGAUGCGCUGGCAUGGUACAAAUCGCAGUACGAGCAGUUGGAGCUGGAGAUGCAAGAGUUCCAGGAGUCGAGCAAGUUGCUGGAGAGUGAACUCGAAAACGAGCUGAGUGCUGCCGACAAGCGGGAGCGAGAACACAAGGAGAAGGUUGAGAUGCUGGGUUACCAGGUCGAAGAGUGGAAGACGAAAUACAGGGAGGCAAAAUCUGAGGCCAACGCCGCGCAGAACACACUAGAGAAGGAGGUCACAUCUUUACGGGAUACGAACAGGUCCCUGCAGCUGAAGUUGCGCGAUAUCGAAGUAGCCAACGACGAUUAUGCCCGCCAAGCGCGCAACACUACGUCCUCCCUCGACGAUCUCGAGUCCAAAUACAAUGUCGCCGUCGAGAGGGGCGUCUUGCUGGAGGAGGAAAUUAAGAUUGGUGAACAGGAAAGAGAAACGCUGCGCAUUGAGUGCCAAAGGCUUAAGGAUGAGCUUUCCGACCUCAAGAUCGAGGUGGACAUCCUACAGGGGAAGCUCAAAGAUCAAGACAUGCGACAUCUGUCGGCACUUUCCACAGAAAUGUCAGUUCCCGAUUCACCCUCGUACGACCACUCUCCCAGCUCAACAGCCAGCUCGCCACUCAUUACCACCCCUCCCGACUCCAAAUCUGUCGCGACCGCCGAUACUCUAUCAGAGAUCCAAGAUCCCCCAUCUCCGCCCAUGUCCGAUGCAUCUGCGCCACUUCCUAAGCCCAAACAGAAUCCUCUCAGGACGCCGGGUCCAUCGAUGCAGAGGAAGUCUAGAUUACCUUCAGCCGACAACAGUGUUACACCCAAGCCUAGGCAGUCUCUGGCCGCUACCUCCCGCGCACCUGGCAGUCGCGUCGCCACAACUUCCAGCGUCCGUACGCCUGCCCCAAGACCUACGAGGACAUCGGUCGCCCGCGCUGCAUCGCACAGAAUCCCGCCCUCGACGUCCCUGUCACACAUCCGAUCGCUCACGGAGAAGAUGCAAAAGCUCGAGGCACGCGUGCAGAGCGCUCGUUCCAAAUUGCCAGCGCCUAUUCACACCCCGCCACGCGCCUCGCCUCGAUCAUCCGUCGUUGUGCCUUCAACGGUCACGAUUCGGUCUAGAAAACGAACAAUCGGCGGAAGUUCGACGACAUCUUCAGCGGCGGAAGAGGCUACCCCGACAAAUCACAGGCAAAGCCUUACUGGGAAUAACAAUUUUUCGGCCAGCACAAGCCGCAGUCAUGUACCAAGACUUAGUACGUCUGGCGUGUCGCGAUUGUCGUUUGGCCCCCUGCCAAACAGGAACCCGCUCGACUCAGAAUCGUCGAGACCCAGCUCGCGUGCCUCGGUAUCUAGUUAUGUACCGAGACCGGCGAGCAGGACGGAUCAUUCCAGGGAGAGCAUGCCGCCACCGCGACCCGUAAGCAGGACGUCUAUGAGUGGGACAAGAACGCCUCUGGGAGUUCGUCCGAGGAGCUCACUGGGCGGAAGCGUGCAUUCCAGCUCUAUUUGUGGAGGAUCAGAAUCCGAGGAUGCAUUUGAUCCAGAACUACGGACGCCAAGCCGGCGUGGGACGUAUAGCAAGUUCGACGUGGACGGCAGCGCAUCCACAAGCGCGAUACCCAUGCCCAGCAGUGCGAGGAGACAGAGCGGUGGACCCGUUCUUGCAGGAAGAAGGAGUAGCGGUGUCGGGUUGAGAAGCAGUGGUGGCGACGGGAGAAGUUCUGCGCUGGGGGACGUGGACGAGACGUACUAG